AGUUUAUGUAUUUUUUGACCAAAAAAAUAGAUUUUAUUAAAAACCAAAAUUUGAGUAUAGUUUAACUCAAAAAAAAAAAAAAAAAAAAAAAGAGUUCUGAAAUGCCAUUUUCUUGAAAAUGAAAUAUGUGGGAAAUUAGCAGAAAUAUGGUAAGAGAAUCUUUUCUCCCCAGCAGAAAAAAGAAAAAGAAAAAAAGAUAUCUGCAUUCUGUUGGGAUCCCAUCCCAUGUUGAAGUGUUUAUGCUCAUCUCCUGCAAAUCUAUCCCUUUUCCCAAAAUGGAGAGGUGGUAGCUCAAUCAAAUCCCUUUUCUUUUCUCUAUGACAUUCUUUAAUGAAAAAGAAAAUAUAUAUUUGAGUAGAAAGAGAGAAAGCAAAUUGAUGAAACAAUGUUGAUGCAGAGAACCUCAUCAUUCCCUUUCCAUAAAUGACCAAACUGGAAUUAAAUAGUUGAAAGGACUACACAUCCAAAAAGAGGAGAGGAAGCUAAAGUGCACUCAACCAAAUCUUGAUUGGGAUCUUAGUUAAAGUGCUCUAACUUUAGCUUCCAUCAAAUAACAAAUGAACAAUGAUACAUGUCCAAAAAAGUUGUAGUAGUAGUAAUUUUUUUCUUAACCAUUUGGGUAAUUGCACAAGAUUAUGCAGUAGAAAAUAAAAAAUAAAAUAAAAAAAUGGGAGAUUCUCAAUCAUGUGUGACUAUAAAAAGGGAUUAAAGAAUAUGAUGAUGGUUUGUAUUGUUGUCCUCUGCCAUUCCAUUCCUGAUGAUGAGCCAUCCCUCCAGCUCCGUGAGUGCAUUCCUGAGGUUCGUAGCGCGCGAAGUCGAUAAUCUUGAUCAUCUGUUCCUCACCUCCCACAGCUUCAUGUCAGUGAGCUUCCUCCAACACGUGCUCUCCACGCUCCGAUCCUUCCACUCCCACCUUACCUCAUUGCUCCACCAGCUGCGCCUCCCCGCCGGCGACAAAUGGCUCGACGACUACAUGGACGAGACCUCCUCCCUCUGGGAAGCCUGCCACCUCAUCAAAUCCGCCGUCUCCGCCAUGGAAACCUACUACUCCUCCGCCGCAACCGCAGCCUCUUUGCUCCAACCCCUAAACCCCCACCAGGUUAUUAGGGCGAUGAACGGGUGCGAGAGGGAGCUGAGGGCGCUGCAGCACGAGAACAGGAGCGUCGCAGAGAUGAAAAUCCAGACAUUAUCUUUAAAGUUGAAGGAAAAUACAAAUACAGUGAGGUUGAAGGGUUUCAGAGAGGUUUUCUACGCAAUGAGGCAUGUGAGCACACUGCUUCUUCUCAUUCUGCUGAGUGCCUUGGUCUACUGCUGGCCGGAAACCACCUUUUAUCACGAGGGGGCCUCCGCCUCGUCCUCCGCCUCCUCAGUGGCCGCCUCCACUGCCAAGUUGCAUGAGAGGGUGGCGACUGCGCUAGCCCACGUGCAGGCGCAGCCCGGCAUCCUCCUCUACGAGCUGCAGAGGUCGGCCUUCGCCAUGGAGGAGCUCAAGAUGGAAGUGGAGGCCGGGCUUGAUGUUGAUGAUGCCAAACUUGAGAAUUUGAAGAGCUGCGUUGAAGCUUUGCAGUGUGGGGCUGAGGGCAUAAUUGGACAGCUCGAUGAUUUCUUCGAUGAGAUCGUGCAAGGGAGGAAGACACUUUUCAACAUGUGUUCUCAUACAUAAUUACUACUACUACUUUUUUUUUUUUAAAUGUUUUUAGGAGAGGAAGUAAUCUUAAUACAUCAAGAGGAAACAAACUUCAAGGAAAGGAAUGUGAUUCUGUGUUUCGAUUAAAAAAAUAAAUUGAGGAAGAAUUAAAA